CUCUCGUCGAUGCUCUCAGCUUACAUCAGUUCUUCGAGGGCAUUGGGCUCGGCGGUUGCGUUGUUCAGGCAAAAUUCAAGGCGAAAGCAACCGUGCUCAUGGCGACCUUCUUCUCCUUCACCGCUCCCAUAGGCAUCGCACUCGGGAUCGCCAUCACAACCAGCUAUAGCAAGCACAGCUCGGUCGCGCUAGUCGUCGAGGGGGUCUUCAACUCGGCCGCGGCGGGGAUUUUGAUCUACAUGGCCCUGGUUGAUCUGCUAGCUUCAGAUUUCAACAACCCUAAGCUGCAGACGAAUACAAAGCUUCAGCUGGCAACCUACUUCGCCCUUUUCAUGGGCGCAGGGCUGAUGUCCCUGCUUGCCAAAUGGGCAUAACAGCAUCGCUGAGAUAGGAUGCAUUUGUGUGCACCGUCAUCCAUCCUAAAGACCCCGGCCUUGCUUAUCAGUGAUGGGGUUUGUUUCUUAGCGUUGUUGCAUCAUGUGUCACAUCUCCAUCAACCAGAGCUGAGGAAAAAAUUGCCUGAAUGUGACCAAAUCUUAUUAGAGUAAAGGAAAGCUAGAGAAGCCAAAAAGUUGAGUGCAUGUAUCAUGUCUCAUCCCUUGAGAGCAAGUCUGUACCAAAUGAGGCGAUGGUAGAAGUGGUAGCAGUAGUGAUAGUGGGGACAAUGGUAGUUGAACUGAUAUUGGUGGGUGAAACUUUGUAAAGCGGUAGCCUACCUUUUAGAAAUCAACGGAAUGUACAGAUUGUUACUAGCAUUCUCCUGGUUUUCGCGGGAAAGGACAGCUGAAAAAAAUUCCGAAGACAAAAUUCAGACUC